AUGAGACAACCUGAAGAAUAUAUUAUGACUUCAGCAACAAUUGAUGGUAUUAAACGUUCAAAUGUAUGUGGUGAUGGUUAUCGUAUUGAAGGCGCUGUUCUUAAAUCAUAUCCAUUUUCAAAAAAUGAAACAUAUUUGCCUUAUGAAAAUUGCUUUAUGACAUUUCAAGCUCGACAACCAAGUAAUCAAAUACGUAUACAUAUUAUUAAACUUGAUCUCAAUGAUAUUUAUGGUGGUACAGAUUGUUUAGAUUCACUUCGUUUUUAUAAAUCAGUUUAUAUAACACGAGAAGAUAAACUUGAUUCUGUUGAAUGUGGGCAAAUUGGUGAAGCAGAAAAUUUCAAUAUUAUAUCGCCUACAGGCAUUGUUACUGUUCAUUUUAGUACUGAUGGUGGAAAUGUUAAUGGUCUUGGAUUUAAAUUAAUUCUUACUGCUUUUCGUUAUCAAAAUAAAAUACAUCCAUGUGAUCAAAAUAAUGAUGAAUUUCUUUGCAAUAAUGGUGAUUGUAUUAGUAGUUUACUUUUAUGUGAUGGUAUUGCUCAUUGUUUAGAUGGUUCAGAUGAAAUACCAAAUCUUUCUUGUAUUUCAAAUAUAGAAGAAUCUAGAAUUAAUAAUAAUAAUAAUAAUAAAGCAAAUCAUCGUGCAAUGAUAGCUAAACAUCAACAAUGGCGUGGAAUAUUAAUUAUUGCUUUUUUACUUAUAAUAUUUAUUGUCUUUGUACUUUUUAUGGCAUAUUUUAUUUGUCGUCGUUGUAUUGAUUCACCAAUACCAGUACCUAAUAAUAAUAAUAAUAGAAGAAGAAAUUAUAGAACUAUUGUUCAUUCUCCUCUAAAUGGACCUAGAAAUUCUACAACAACAACAACAACAACAACACCACAAGUAGUUAUACAAAAUGAAAAAAAUCGGAAACGUCUUGAUAAUGAUGAUUACAAUUUACUUUGA